UUUGAUUUAUUUUUAGUCUAUGCAUUAAAGAAGUCUAGAGAUGUCAAUAGGGUGAUCAAGCCCAUUAGAAUUUUCCUUUUUGCAAACUUUAAUAGACUCUUAUGUUACAAUUUAUGAAUCGUAGCAUAUAUAGUUCAUAGUUUAAUUUAUUAUUCAUAAUUAUUCUGAACUAUCAUGUAUGAAUUAAAAUUAUUAGCAUAGUUUCUUCAUUAGUUUUUUCUUCAUUAGUUUAACCAUAACUAAUUAACUAAUCAGGUAUACAGUUAUUUAGUUUUAUAGUUAAAUGUGUUAUAUUUGAAUUUUUGCUAACGCUUGGUGGAUUAUUUCAAAAUAUAGUCAACUAUUAUGGCCAUCACAAAGAAUACGAGAAUAUAGUUACUUUUACGAUAUGCUCAUAUGCAGUGGUUACGUAGAAGAAAAUGUUAGAGCAUCUCUAACCUACGGUAAGUCAUUUAGUCUUUACAUUCAAGGGAUCAAAUGAGGGGUCCCUUUUCGGGGCAAGGUGCAUGUGUUCUACGUAGCUGGAGAACUUCCAAAUAUGAGAAAACAAAAACAAAAUUCACACAGGAAUUAUAUAUAUAUAUAUCUUUUAUUGACUGAGAAUUUAGAAACAUUCAAUCUGACAUGAUUCAAUUUAAUUUGGGUAAGCUUUCGUGAGGUCAUUGUCAUAGGCAACAGCGCUAAAUCAAUAGCCUGAUACAUUAAUGUUUAAAAAGAUUUUGAAAUCACAUAAAUAAAAGAAGAAGAACGAAUAUAAGUUUUUUUUUUUUUGUAAAUAAAAGAACGAAUAUAAGUUGGAUUAUAUUAUUCAUUCAAAAAAAAAAAAAGUUGGAUUAUUUUGCUACUAAUAUACAUGGAACUCUAUAGGAGCGAGGGACUUUACUCUGUAUUGCCCCAGUAACUCAUGUGUUCAUUCUAUUUUAUCCCACCAAUUAAAAACAAUAUAAUUUUUAAUAUAUUUUAAUCAGAAACGUGGUGAAAAUCGAAAUUGCCCUUAAAACCAAAUAUUUACAGGAUCCAACCUAAACUAUUUGACUCGACCCACUAUUAGCCGGAUCCUUAACCAGAUCCGCGCGUUCCUUUCUCUUUUCUCUUCCUUUGUCGUCUCUCACUCUCUUCUAAACCUUCUAAACCUGAAAAUUGAAAAAGAAUCCUAGAACCGACGAAAACGAUGAAGCUCACCGCAUUGACUGCUUCCUUCACUGCUUCUUCUCUGAUCUUCCCUUAGUCCCUCGUGCCUUUCCUUGUUACUCUGAUUUCAUCAUUUCCCCAAAUCAGUCUGUAACCCUAGAUUUGACGAAAUCAAUUGAAAAAAUUGAUCGAAUCAACUGCUCCUGCGGCGUAUUCUAUUCUCCCGCUCCUUCUGUCGGCGACGCAAUCGACGGAACCCUAGACUUCAUCUCCCAUCUCCUAUUUUCGUUCUCGUCUCUUUCGUGUAAAAGGUAUGUUCUCUCUCCAAUUUUUGAUUGAUUUUGUUGUUGGUUUGAAAGUCCGUUUGAAAGUAUUGUGGUUGAAAAUCGGUUAGGUUCAGAUUUUUUUCAGAAUGAGGAUUACAGAGACUGAAACUUUGACACGUUUGGUUUUGAGGUUAUAGAGAUUGAAAGUUUGGUUUCAGACUUGAGAUAAGUCUAGUGAUUAUUGAAGACUAACUGUUUUGGUGAUAGAAUGUCCUAGACUGUUUGAUAUGUGAAACCGAGUUGAGUGAUUGAUUAAUUGUGAUGUAGUGAUCGAAUUGAUUGGUUGGAUUUUUAUUAUUGAAUGAAUGAUUUAGGGUUUUGAGAUCAGACAGCUAUAAGAAUCAAUGAUUUAUUUUGUAGAUAUUUCAUUGAAUGGGUUUGUUAGCGUUGGUGGUUAUUGAACGUUUAUUGUGUAUGUAUAUAUUCAGGGGAUCAAGAUAUUGAGAGGCUAUAGAUAAUGGCAGGCCAAGGUCGAGGGAGAAAAAAAUCUCAGCAGAAAAAGUCCACAAAAAGAAACAGUGCUCCUGUAGAAGAGCAGCAUGUAGAAGAACUUUCAACAGAGAAUGAUAGUGAUGAUCUAUCAGCACACGGAAUUAAGUCUGAUAAUCAGGGAACCGAUAAUCAGUCUGCAUCAUCUCAGGUAAAUUAUUCCCAAAUGCUAAUAAACAGACUAGUAAGAAACAAAUGCUAAUAUAAUUUUUAUUUGGUUUACAGGAGUGCCAACCACUGCCACCUGAUGAGCUAUGUUUCAAGAACACCGAGUUCACCCAGACGUGUAAGAUACAGAGCAAGUGUUAUGUGACCGAGACGGUGAAGUUUCUGAAGAAGGAUAGGUUUGAAAACCACCCUUAGUUUUGCCAUUUUUUCCACAUGCCCGAUGAACCAAACUUGAAGCUGCAGGGUAUGUGGAUGCUUCUACUGCGCAUUGUUCCUUUACAUGAGUCAGAGGACACAUCUUGGUUUGCUGUUAAUGGAGUGCCCAUUCGGUAUUCAAUGAGAGAGCAUGCUCUCAUCUCGGGAUUGGACUGCCAUGACUACCCGGCUAAGUAUAAGAAGAUUGGAAGCUUUGCGUUUGUAGACAGGCAUUUCAAAUCACAUAAGGAGAUCACUAUGCUAUCUGUGAGAGAGAAGUUGUUGAGUAUGAGUGCGUGUGGGGAUCGACUCAAAAUGGCAGUGCUUUACUUCUUAGGCACGAUUAUCAGAGCGAGGGGAAGGUAUAAUGCCCCGUUCGACCCUUUCGUAUUAAGAAUCGUCAACGAUGUGGAGGUUUGUAAAACCUUUCCUUGGGGUCGGUUGACGUUUGAAGAUGCUCUCCGGUCCAUCACUCACGUGAUGAAGCAUCUGAAAGGGAAACCUAAGAAUAAUGUCAACUUUCCCGGGUUCAUAAUUCCUUUGGAGAUCCUGGCAUUUGAGUGUAUUCCAGCUCUGAAAGCACGAUUUAGAGAAGGUGUAGAAGGCUGUAUGAGUAAGUGUCCGAGGAUGUGUAAAAAGCGGUUCCAAAGUAACAGCAUGAAGGGUUAUCCUCUUGAGGAUUUGUACGACACACUAGGAGAAAUUAAGGUUAUUGAAAGUGUUCUUGUUCCUACUGUUGAUGAGGAACCUCUCAUGGCACGCUUAAUGGAUGGGGAGCCAGACUAUGAAAAUGAAGAAGGCGUGAGUAAUUUGUGGAGCACGUGGUUGACUGUUAAGGAGAAGCCUAUCUUUUGGCAAGAACUCUAUGAGUUAGAUGUGGCUGCAAGGGAGUUUCCUUAGAAGAAAGAUAAAAGGAAAGUGCAUGAAGAAGCAUCCUCCUCUAAUACAAGUUUGGAGGACGUUUUGAAAGGGUUUGAAGAGAGGUUGAUGACAAGUUUUAGUGAAGUGAAUGGGAAGGUGGAAAAAAUGAACAAGAGACUUGGGAAGAUUGAACGUUGCCAAGUUGUUUUAAAAAAGAGGUGUAAAAGGAUGAAGGCAAUGGAGAAGAAGCUUGAGAAGAUUGAAGAUUGCCAAUAUUAUUUAAAAAAGAAGGCCAAGAAGGUGGAGAAAGAAAUGAAGGAAAUGAAAGAGAAGGAGGAGGAUAAGGAGAACAAUGACGGUUUCGACUAUCAAGGCAUGGAUUAUGACUGGGGUGGACAGCGGAAUGACAGCAAUGGAGCGGACGCAACAACCAAAGAACCUGUAGAUGAAGAUAUGGUUGAAAAUACAGAGGUGGUAGAAGAGAAAGAGAGUGAAGAAGACGCUCAGAAGGACGAUAGAGGUUCUGAGGAAGAGACAGAACCUGAACCUGAAGCAGAAGCAGAAGCUGAAGAAGACAAAGAAAAAGAGGAUGAGGAAGAGAGUGAAGAAGAGGCUCAGAAGGAACCUGAUGAGGUUCAAGAUGAGGUUGAGAUGAAUGAAGCCAAUGAGAUUGAAGAAGAGGUUGAAACAGAGGCUCGGGUUGAAGUUGAAACCGAGAAAACUGCUACACCACCACGUGGUAGGACUAAGGCAGCAGCCGCGAGGAGACAAAUCCUAACAACACCAGAGAAGUUGUUCGGAAAGGCUGAAAAAAUGGUGGAGGAAGAGAUGAAAGAACCUGAGGAAGAGGGUGAAAAAAUGGUGGAGGAAGAGGUGGAAGAACCUGAGGAAGAGGGUGAAAAAAUGGUGGAGGAAGAAGUGGUAGAGCCUGAGGAAGAGGCUGGAAAAAUGGUGGAGGAAGAGGUGGAAGAACCUGAGGAAGAGGCUGGAAAAAUGGUUGUCUACGAAGGCAGUACUUGUGAAACGAAGGAAGCUGACAAGGGAGCAGCCAAGCCUUCUGGAACUGGGGUCAAGCAUAGGCCAAAACAAAUGGCAUUGAGGAAGCACGCUACUAAGCAGGCUCCUAAGCCGAGGGGUAGACCGAGAAAGGAUACUGAACCAAAGAAGUUCACAACGCCAGAACAGACAAAAAGGAUACGUUCACGUUCACAGUGGGUUUCCACUCCUUUCACUGAAGCUAACACUGAUGAGAUUGAAGGGCGCAAGAAGAAGCCUAGAACAAAGGCGUAGAAGACAAGAAGCUUAAAAUAUUUUGGGUGUUAAGUAUUUAUCUCGGAUUUGUUGUGAACUUAUGUAAGAAGUUAUGUUUUGUUGCUUGCUGGUCUGUAAAACUUGAAUGAUAUCUCUUAUGUAGGAUGCUCUGUGUUGUGUGAUUGUCUUGCAGCAGGUUUGGCCCAAUUGAGGACAAAACGAUCUAAGUCUUAAGAAAACACAUUUGUACUACUAGGUUUAUUAUGUAUUACUAAGACAAACAAAAUUUGUCAACAAUAAGAAAAAAAAAUAUAAGAAAAAAAAUGGCACAUGUAUAAAACGUGUAAAACGUGUAAAAUAUAAGAAAAAAAAAUAGCACAUGUCUAAAACGUGUAAAAUAUAAUAUUAAACAAAACAUGUUUGAAUACUCUUAGUAGUACUCAAGGAAGUAGUAAUAUUUCAUUCUUCAUAGUAAUAUUUUUGUAAAUCAGAACAUUUUUUAGUAAUACAACCUGAAGAAAUUAAAUUUAUUAGUAAUACAAAUGUAUUUAGACAAUUUUAGAUUAUAUAUAACACACUGACAUAAUUUUUUUAAAUAAAAUGCGUAUUUUCUGAAUUUCAUCCCAUUAUGGCCUUCACAUCAAGACAUUAGUAUAGAAGUAGAAGGAUGUUUUCUAUAGAAAUGAGAGGUUUUCAACUAAUUUCAGAAUUUAAGAGUAUUUUAUGUCUAAUUUGGCAAAUAAACACACAA